UCCGCUCGCGCUUGUGCGCGAUUGCGAGCGCGCACCCAACUACAUAAAUCCCGGGACAGUAGAAUACUGUAGAAAAAUUUCCCAGUAAAGAGAGAGAAUUGUUAGUGGAAAAGUCGUGAGGCGAAUCGGAAAGAGGUAGCAGUAUAUAAAAGGAAGUUGCAAGCACUGUCAAUUACUUAAAAAGCCAGGGAAGUGACGACUUUGCAUACUUUGGCAUUUAGCUAAAUAUUUGUGUCUAUUAUCUUGUGACAUUUAUAAGACCAUCAACAAAAAUGUCAGUAUUGAAUCAAACUGGAGAGGAUGCAGUGGAAUGCCCUCUAUGUAUGGAACCUCUGGAGGUGGACGAUCUGAAUUUCUUCCCCUGCACCUGUGGGUAUCAAAUAUGCCGUUUUUGUUGGCACAGAAUUCGUACCGACGAGAACGGUUUGUGUCCCGCGUGUCGGAAGGCCUAUUCUGAAAAUCCGGCUGAUUUUAAACCCCUUACUAAGGAAGAAAUAGCAAGAUUGAAAGCUGAAAAGAGAUUAAAGGAUCAACAACGGAAGCAGAAAGUUACAGAAAAUCGGAAACAUCUAGCAAAUGUGAGAGUAGUACAAAAAAAUUUAGUUUUUGUAGUAGGAUUACCAAUGCGACUAGCAGAUGCAGAUGUUUUAAAGAAACACGAAUAUUUUGGAAAAUUUGGGAAGAUACACAAAGUCGUAAUUAACCAGAGUACUUCCUAUGCAGGGUCUCAAGGCCCCAGUGCUUCGGCUUAUGUUACUUAUCAACGUCAAGAGGAUGCGCUACGUGCUAUAGAGGCUGUGAAUAACAUUGUUGUGGAUGGACGGACAAUAAAAACAUCAUUGGGAACGACAAAGUACUGUUCGCAUUUUAUGCGUAAUCAAGCCUGUCCGAAGCCAGAAUGCAUGUACCUGCACGAUCUUGGGGACCAGGAAGCAUCAUUUACAAAGGAAGAGAUGCAUCAAGGAAAACAUCAAGAGUAUGAACGCAAGCUUGUGCAAUCGUUACAUGCACAUGUGUCUUCGGUGCAACGGAAACCAACACCGUCACCACCUGUGACAAGUAGUAUUGUUAGGGAAAGUGGAACUGUAAAUUCACAAACAAAAGAGGCGUGGCCUUCGUUGCAACCGGGACAAACAAAUAGCACACAAACCAAUUGUAAAGAAAUAUCAUCUGUGCAAACAGCUUCGCAACAUAACAAUGUAACGAGUGGAAGCGGAACAGUAGUUCAACAAAGUCAUAUAUCCUCUGGAGUGUCUACACAUCAACAAAAUAACAAUAAUAAGGGUGAAAAUGGCGUUGGUGUACGACGGGGUAAAAGUAACAGCGAGAGUAAGGCACAAGCAGCUCGAAACAAACAUAAAAAUAGUCAAAACAAGGAAAAACACGGUAGUCGUACGACGUCGCGGUCCGAAUCGAAUUCAAUCAACACACAGAGUAGUUCACAAUCACAAAUCACCGGGCAGAAGGAUGUUAGAAACUUUUCCGCUGAUACAAAUAGUGAAAUUUUACAAAAAUUAGGUAACAAGUGUAAAUUGGAACAACAGCAACAGCCACAGUCGCAACAAAUUAGCAAAACAUCAAAAUUAGUUCAAUCGCAGUCUCACGAAAUUAAAGUAAAUGGUACGUUACAAAACGGGGAACGUCGACAUUCGGAUAGCGAAACGGAUCAGCGCGAAGGUAGCACGCCAGCGAGUACAAUUUCAAGCACGGAAGACUCGAAUGUAAAUCAUCAAGCCGAACAUUUGACUGAAUCGAGCGAGGAAAACAAUGGUGCUGUUCUUUUGGGUUCGUCUCCAGCCAGCACAAAUUCAUCACAAAGUGCCAAUCAACCACCACCACCAGGAUUACACAAUGGAUCUCAAAUGCAACUCAAUCAUCGGUCAAUCUUUCAGCCGGACAAUAACAGUUUCUUCAGUUCAAACACAUUUCAGAAAAUAUCAACCACCACCUCAAUGCCACCUAACUCCCUCACAGCAAACACAAAUCUGGAUUGGACGAGUACAGGAGUGGCUUCGAUACCCGACUCUUUACCCACAGUUCAUUCUAGCGAAGAUUGGCAAGCAGCUUUCGGCUUUCAGACCGAAUCAACUCGAACGAAUCACCUUAUAUCAAAAUCCAGCCCAUCUGAAUCGCCGGGUGUAACAUUCAAUUCCGAAGGUUUUGUUGACGAGGAUGUUUACAUAAAUGCACCGUAUACUACUACUCUCACAGAAUCAUCAUCAGAUACCUUCACGCCUACUUUACUUGUAAAUUCACCCGCGUCUAAGUUUAUGGCAGACUUUCAACAAAAUUCAUUACAACAAAGGCUUAAUAUGCAAGUGCAACAGAAUCAAGAAAAUUGUGAAUACAUAAAACAGAACGGUCAUGCUACACUGGAGGAAAUUCGAAAUCAUCGUGAUGCCGGAUCAGACGUGAAAGCGGAUGACGAUUUAGGUUUUGAUCCUUUCCACGAGACACAGAAGGCAUUAGCUGAACUUAUGGAAAAUGAAUUGCAAAUACAACAGCAGAGGAUAUUUCAACAGCAGCAAGAACAAAGAGAACGGGAGGAGCAAACUAGGGUGCAGCAUCAACAAACCCUUGCAAGCCUUGGUCAGCAACAUUUUCCACAAGUUGCGCACAUAGCACACUUGCAGCAACAAGCUCAGCACUUGCAAAAUCUUCAAGUGCUUCAGUCGCAUUCCCUUCUGUCUCGUCUUCCACAAAAUCUGUUACAAAGCGGCGCGCAGAGCCCUGCACAAGGCACCGUGACGGCUAACAGUUUAGGACAACGUAGUCGCUUUCCGCCACCGGGUUUCCUUGCUUCCACGCCAAAUCACAUGAAUUCAUUUGGUCUUGGUAUACCACGUCCAGCACCAACGAAUAGCGCCCUCUCUGGCGCGCAAUCGUCCCAACAGAGUGCAUAUCUUCCCAAUGGAAGCCCACUUAUCCACACACAAAAUAUCAACAAGUGCACAAAUGAUGCGGUCUGUACCCUGAAAGAUUGGUGUGAAAUUAACAAUCAGCAGCAACAGCAACAAUUCCACCAUCAAGCUUUGCAUCAGAAGGGAUGGAACAAUUUCGGACCUAUCGCAGACUGGACUUCGAUCGAUCCGGCUAUAGUUACCUCGUCUAGACCUCUUCCAUUCCAAACUAACAGCACAUGGCAGUUUCCUCAUAUUCAUCCUUCUCACACCGUAGCUCAUAAUGCGCAACAGGAACAGAACGCAUCUGCUCAACAUUGGGCGAUGCAACCACCUCCUGGUUUUGCUGCACCUACAACCACAGGGCAGUUAAAUAAUCCACAGCCGAGCGCGACCGCACAACCACACACUAAACUUAUCUCUGCGGGCUCAGAAAUCGAAAACCUAUAAGUCUUAUGUGAGGCGAACGACUUGAGGCGUCAUAAUGUUUCCGGAUGUGGCAAGAUCAAAUCCAACAAAUGAAAGAAAAAAAAGCGACAGUCGAUAAUGUAUGUUUUCCUAACACUCUUCUAUAUCUCAACGUUUUAUUUUAAAUCAUUUAUUUGUGCGAGUAUUUACUCGAAUAAAAUAUCAGAAUAAUAUGAGUUAAUGCGUACUCCCACAAUGUAAGCAAAGAUUAUAUGUCAAUAUACAUUUCUUUCACGAUAUCAUCAUUAUUAUCUGAGUUAAAGGAAAAAUUUUAUCAUAUUUCAAAGUUUCUGACUUUAUCAUUAUAAACAAAUUUCAUGUAGGAUCUGAGAAAUUAAACGAAAUGAAUGAUGAUUAAGAAAUUAAGGAAUGAUCACAAUAUUUUGCAACUGCAUAUUUUCUCUUUCUGAAUUUUUAGUAUCGAGAUAUUUAUUUCGCAACAUAUUAAAAUAGAAAAACGAUAUAUUCUAUAAUAUGUUUACAAAGAUUGAGAACAAAAUAAUUAGAAAAAAUAUAAUGAAAUUUUCAUUAUUUAAUUUUUGGUAUCUGUUAUGGUUAGAAAAAUAUGUUUUAAACUAAAAGCUUUGUUGUUUUAUAUUCAAAAACUUUAUAGUGUUAUAUUUAUAAAAAAAAAAAUUAUAUUUGUAUCGCUAUCUAUUACAAUCGAGUUUUUCUAUCUUAAGAUGAUUGAAGAAAUGGCACGCCGCGCAUGCGGCGUUUUCUUGAUUUUGAAAUUAUUCCUUAAUCUGCAUCGCAUUAUUCUCAGGCAAGGCAUAAUGUGUAAAAUGAAAAUAUUUUGUCUACUGCUAAUUUUUUCAUUCUAACGUGAUCAUAUGAUACAUGUGAGAAGAAUAAAAUAGCAGCAUAAAAAAAUCCCAAUUAAGAGGAAAAGGACUGAUGUGGAAAAAAAGUUUUUAAAAUAGAAGAAAAUUGACUCAUAAUAUACAAUACUAUGCGUUAAACUAUACAUUUUUUGCUAUUUUAUAAUAUUGAUUCAUUCUAUCAUAUUAAAAUAUGAUUGAUAUAUGCUUGUCCAAUGGUUUUAAAAAGCUAGAAUCCCUUUAUGAUAUAAUGAUUAAUGUCAUGUCAUUACAGUAAAGAUACAAGCAUGGAAUUUUAUUAUCUAUGCACGUAACUUUUCCACGAGUAUGUUAUGCCUUUCUUUUUUCUUUUAAAGUGGAUCACUAUUAAAAAAAGAAGAAAAAUUUUUUAAGAUCUGCCAAAACUUAAUUUUGAUAACUUUGAUAAUUUUAAACGAAUAUUUUCAAUUAUAUCGUGAAUUUUGAAUUGACUAAAUACCCAGGUCAUAUAGAUUAGAAAAAAUUAUUCUAUCCUAACUGCAAAAUAAUUGCGAUAUCUUUGUGGUAUCGUUUAAACUUUUAAACUAUCGAUAUAUAGUAUCGAUGUAACGAGAGGAAAACUACAAAGACAAUUGUCCGAAAAAAUCAACAACGUCGUGUAUUUUAUUUACGAAUGUAAAGCGAGAUAAAAAAGAAGAAACAAGCGAAAUAUUAACACACGAUAUGCGAUGAACGAUACGAGAAACGUCUGAUGUACCACGAUGUACAUAUGAUGCGAAUUAUACGUUAAUGAAAGUUAUUCCCGAAAGGUGAUAUUAAAUAUAUUUAUCUGCCGAUUUAAAGGUGAAGAACGAAGGAAGAUCGUCAUAUAUAAUACAAGAGAACGAGAGAGAGAGAGAGAGAGAGAGAGAAUGAGAUAAUAAAAUUAUAAUUAUAAAAUUUAAUUCAAUAUAAGGUAAUCGAAAAAUAUACGAUAAUGCGCAAUGAAAA